GUGUCCUGGAUCAAAGUGUCCUGGAUCAAAGUGUCCUUUCAGUGGUUUGGUUUGGGUUAGAACCGGGUUUUAUGUUAAUUUAUGAGGUCUAGAUUCAGAAAGUCUGGACUGCCGUGUGUGUGGUUUGUUUGUGGUCCACUUUAAGUAGUCUGACCCGGCUCACAAAGACUUUAACCCGGGUUAAGAAGCAGUCAGGGUAAGCUAACGUUGGUUUGGGUCAGUGGGUCAACAGGUCCCUGGAUGUGGGUAACGUAAAAACCAGGUUCUUAAAGUCCCAGUCUCUGUGGGGUUACGACACCUGGUCUGUCCCUGCUGGUUUAGUCCUGGUCCUCAGAUGUUAGUCCAGGUCUAAGUGAGGUGUGGUCUCAGGUCCAGCUCAGGAUGGCAGAGCUCCACCAGACUCCCACCUCGCUCUGCUGCUGCCGUAAAUCCCUGCCGAUCUCAGGGGCCCGGUGUGUCGGGGACUCUGGCCGGCCCUUGGCUGCCCCCGGUCCCGGGUCGCCGCGCUGCCCUCUGGUGGACGUGGCCUCGGCCUCAAACUUCCGCUGCUUCAAACUGCGACACUUCCACCUGGACCUGCGGCUCAACUUUGCCGUAAAGGAGAUGAGCGGCUGGCUGGUUCUGGACCUGAUCCCAGUCCAGCCAGGGGUCCAAACCCUGGUCCUGGACUCCCACCCCUCCCUUCUCAUCCACUCCAUAGACUGUAAAGUCCCCGGGGCCACACAGGAUGACCCCGUCUCCUUGACGUACCGGGUCGACCCGUUCACAGAAUAUGGGUCCUCGCUGAACAUCAGUCUGCCCCCAGAGACCCUGAAACAGGGGCGGCUGAUCCAGAUCACAGUCCGCUACACCACCACAGACGGACCAGCGAUCUGGUGGCUGGACUCGGAGCUGACUUGUGGUCAGACUCGUCCUCUCGUCUUCACUCAGGGUCACUCUGUGUGUAAUCGGUCGUUGUUCCCGUGCUUCGACACGCCGGCUGUGAAGAGCACAUACACCGCCACCGUCAGGGUUCCAGACGGGGUGACGGUUCUGAUGAGUGCGUCUCGGAGCUCAUACUCCAAACAGGAUCGUGUGUUUCAGUUCUCCAUGGAGUUCCCGGUGCCGUCCUACCUGGUGGCGUUGGUGGCGGGGGAGCUGCAGCAUGUGGACAUGGGCCCACGGAGUCGAGUGUGGGCGGAGCCGUGUCUCUUGUCCUGUGCUGUGAAGAAGCUAGGGGGCAGUGUGGAGCGCUGGCUGGGUGUAGCUGAGGAGCUGUUUGGACCUUACCUGUGGGGCAGGUGUGACAUCGUGUUCCUGCCUCCCUCCUUCCCCAUCGUUGCCAUGGAGAACCCCUGCCUCACCUUCAUCAUCGCCUCCAUCUUAGAGAGCAGCGAGUUCCUGCUCAUCGACGUCAUCCACGAGAUCGCCCACGGCUGGUUUGGCAACGCCGUCACCAACGCCACCUGGGAGGAGAUGUGGCUGAGCGAAGGGCUGGCUACCUACGCCCAACGCCGGAUCACCACUGAGGCCUACGGUGAGGCCUUCACCUGCCUGGAGACAGCAGUCCGAUUGGACGCCCUCCACAGACAGCUGCGUCUCCUCGGAGACAACAACCCUGUGAGCAAACUGCAGGUCAAGUUUGAGCCAGGUGUGAACCCCAGCACCCUGAUGAACCUGUUCACCUACGAGAAAGGUUUCUGCUUCGUCUCUUACCUGUCGCAGCUCUGUGAAGACGUCAAACGCUUCGACUGUUUCCUCCGGGAUUACAUCUCAGAGUUUAAGUUUAAGAGCGUGCUUGCUCAAGAUCUCAUCGACUACUUCCUGUGCUAUUUCCCCGAGCUGAAGGACGCUGCUGUCGCCCACAGAGAGGGUCUGGAGUUUGAGCGCUGGCUGAGCGGCUGUGGGCCUCCUCUGUAUGAGCCCGACCUAUCAGCAGGGGGCGCUUUAACCCGGCCCGUCCAGGAUCUGUGUGAGCUGUGGAGCGGCAGCGACCCCCCCGACCCUCAGUGCCUGACCUCCUUCGACCUAUCGACCUGGAGCACCUUCCAGAUCGUCCUGUUCCUGGACCGCAUGUUAGACCACGCCCCCCUGCCCCACGGUGUGAUGGCCUCUCUCUCUUCCUGUUACUCGUCCCUGUUCGAUGGUCUGAAUGCAGAGGUUCAGAUCCGUUGGCUUCAGAUGGUUGUGAGGAACAGUUUUUACCCCGACCUGCCGCAAGUCCGAGCCUUCCUUUUCAAACACACAUCCAGGAUGUACACGGUGCCGUUGUACGACGACCUGGUUGCCGGGGUGAUGAAGUGUGUUGCCGUGGAGAUUUUCAACCAGACCCAGCGCCGUAUGCACCCAAACCUCAGAAGGACACUGCAGCAGAUUGUGUUUCAGAACGCCACCGCCCCGCCCAAUCAGAACGUUACUGCUCUGUCGGUCGUACCCCCCUCCCCCUCUCUCUCCCCACAGCCCGCUGCUACGGCAACCGCCGCCACUACUGCCGGGGCGAGUGCAGCCAUCGCUCUGCGGGACGUCAACGUCUCUGCAUGAUGUCCACCUGUCCCCUAAGGGGGCACACGCUGUGAUUGGUCGGUUGUUACAGGUAAAGAGCUGAACAUGGCAGGAGGCGGUGGUCGUAAAAUGUCAUCUGAUUUAGAACUGAAGAUUAUUCAAGAUGGAACACUGUGAAGAAAAUUCACUCCAUCAUUACUAAAGUCAAAGUGACACGUCAUGAGACACGUCAUGUGACUCGUCAUGAGACACGUCAUGAGACUCGUCAUGAGACACGUCAUGAGACACGUCAUGUGACUCGUCAUGAGACACGUCAUGAGACACGUCAUGUGACUCGUCAUGAGACACGUAAUGAGACACGUCAUGAGACUCGUCAUGUGACUCGUCAUGUGACACGUCAUGAGACACGUCAUGAGACUCGUCAUGAGACUCGUCAUGAGACACGUCAUGUGACUCGUCAUGAGACACGUCAUGUGACUCGUCAUGAGACACGUCAUGAGACACGUCAUGUGACUCGUCAUGUGACACGUCAUGUGACUCGUCAUGAGACACGUCAUGUGACUCGUCAUGUGACACGUCAUGAGACACGUCAUGAGACUCGUCAUGAGACUCGUCAUGUGACUCAACCGUGAGUGUUUUCUCUUCUCCCGUCAGCUGAUCAGUCUGCUGAGACGGCUCCUCUGAUUGGUCGUCAGAGGUGCUCACUCCAACGUGUCAUCAGUGGAUUUUUAACUGUCGUCGUCUCACCUGUGUUAUUUUGUCUGCCCGGAGAAGAUGGACACAAUAAGUGGAUCUUCAGUAUUUCAGAUUGUUCCCUACAUGGACUCAGACGUCUGUCCUCAGGUACUCUGCAGAGUCACAGACUGAGUACAGUGUGAUGUCACACACCUGAGCCUUUUGAGCGUCCAUCUUUUUAACAAGUGAAACAUGUAGCUGACCUCUACCUCCUGGUCCUGACUGAGAGGGACUCGCCUGCAGACGAGGACUCGGGGCUCAGAGCUCUCGCUGCUGACUCGGCAGGAAACACACAAACCAGCUGACUUCACCUGAGUGGCCUUAACGCUGCGUUCACUGCAGCUGGGAACUGAGAGGUUUGAAGCAGUUGUGUUUUCUUUUCAAUCAGCAGCAAUAAUCAGACAGCUCACCUGUUCACCUGUGUCCUCAGGUGUUUACUGUCAGACCAACAGGGUGAUCACUUUAUGUGACAGAGAGACUAUGAAGACUUUGAUUUCAUGUUUUUGACUCAACAGAUGAAAGAUGUGGUGAUAUGAAGAGUUCCCAACUGUCAGUGAACGCAUCUUCAUGAAUGUUUGACUCCAAAUAAAACUUGAACCUUU